AUGGAGGAAGGACUAGAGCCCCUACCAGUUCCUAUGGAGGAAAAACGUUUUAAUGACAUUUCCAGCUAUGUCAAUCGAAAAUUGUCAAACGAGGAAAAACUCAAAGCUCUUGCGGGUUUGUGGGAGCCAGAUAAAAAAUACGUUUUUCCAGCUGAGGACUGUGGUCGCUUUAAACGACAUUUUCAAACGAAUUGGCUAAUGCAGUUCAAAUGGUUGGCUUAUUCUGAUCAAGAAAAAGGAACAUUCUGCAAGUUCUGUGUGCUUUUCUGUAGCGAGGAUACAGUUGGUAAAGGGAAACAUGUCAUGAUUGGAAAACUUGUAUCCAAACCGUGCAAAAAUUUAAAAGAUAGUUUGGAAAUAUUCCGAAGUCACGAACGCACAAGCUACCAUCAAAACUGUAUGCUUACUGCAGAUAGCAUUCGAUCGAUAUCAGAAAAAGAGACGGAAGAUAUUGCUGUUCAAGUUGACAACCAAAGGAAAGUUACUGCAAGAAAAAACCGAGCAGCACUUGUUCCAAUUAGUCAAACUAUCAGACUUUGCGGGAAGCAGCAGAUAGCUUUGAGAGGUCACCAAGAUUCUGGUCGCAUCACACUAGAAGAUCCUGAAAAGAACGACGGUAAUUUUCGUGCUCUUUUGCGGUAUCGGGCAGCUGGUGGUGAUGUUGAUUUAAGGCAACAUUUAGUGAUGAGUGCAGGAAACGCAAUGUAUACUAGCCCACGUAUACAAAACGAAAUUAUUAACACAUUUGGGGAUAUGAUUCAGAUGCAAAUCAGAGACAGAGUACACAAAUCUGGAUUAUUUUCAGUUCUAGCCGAUGAAACAACAGAUAUUGCUGGUAUUCAACAAUUUUCUCUGUGUGUCCGAUACUUAGAAGAUGUGACUGCGAGUGUCAGGGAGGAUUUCCUAUGCUUUGUUCCUGUCAACGAUGUUACCGGAAAAGGACUUUGCACGACGAUUAAGGAUACUUUAAGUAAUCUCGGAAUUGAUUUGCACCAUCUCCGUGGACAAGGCUAUGAUGGUGCUUCAGCAAUGCGAGGAGAGUUCCGCGGAGUUCAAGCCAUAAUGAAGCAAACGUACCCAAAGGCUUUAUACACGCAUUGCGCGUCCCACUCUUUAAAUUUAUGUUUAUCUGACGGUUGCAAAAGUCGAGAUAUUCGGAAUAUGUUCGCAAUUUUGAAAGAAAUAUGCACUUUUUUCAAAUCAUCAAGUAAACGAUCAGAAAUUUUAAAGAAGUGGAUUAAAAGGAAAAAUCCUGAAACAAAUGUUACAAAAUUGAAGAGAAUGUGUGAGACGCGAUGGGUCUUGAGACACGAAGCAAUCGUAUUGUUCAAGGAGAAUGUGUGCGCAGUCGUCUCUGCUUUAGAAGAAAUUGGAGAGGAAUCUUCAACAAAAGAUAGCAGCAAAGCACAGAGUCUACUUAAUAAUGUGUGCAAUUUUAGUUUUUUAUUAUCCUUGUUUGUAGCCUCCAAACUUCUUUCUUAA